CUUCUAUUAUAUAAAAAAGAUUUUUUUUAUUAUACGCCUUGACAAGUAAUACUGCUAAAGUAUAAAAUCUCGAUUUUGUUUUAGCUGACGCACGCAAAUUCAUUCUUAAACGCCAAUUACUGCUAACCAUAAUUUAGAAGUAACAAGCUCCAAAUUGCGACGAGUGUGCGAGAUAUUACAAAAAAAAAUCCUACAACACACAUUCAUAAAAAGUAUAUUUAAGUUUAAUGUCUCACGCUUAUUAUACCGAGUUAUGGCUCAUCACAAGAAACGACCUGGAAAAGUUGUUAGAGCUCGAACGAAGAUUGCAAGAAAGCGAACCAUUAAAAAACAAGGAUGCUUUAAAUUCAGCGUUAUCUAUGUAUUUAAGAUAUCGUAAUAUCGUAAGAAGACUCAUCAUAUGUUACGAUCAAAUGGUCCAGACGCAAAAACGAGAGUUAAUUAAAAAAGUAUUAGACUGUGCUAUUGGACGAAUGCUGGAAUAUAAACAGGAAAUUGUCAAACUGGAUUAUACGGAUUAUACAUGGCCUGACGAUAUCAUGAAUCAAUUGAAAUUUACGCCAGACGAUAUUGAGCUAUUCGCAUCGGUAUCCGGCCGGGAACGUGCAGAGGAACGCAAAAAGUUUAUUCAAGAGUUGAUAGAAGCACCGCAGGUGGAAGAACCCACACCAACAUACGUAGAAAGUGUGCCCGAGGUCGAUGAUGAGACAUUGAAGACGCGCAUCGGGCGAAGAAGAAUACGCGUCGCGCAACCCGAAGUAGAAAUGGUUCGCGAAACACCCGAGGAAAAAGCCGCCCGGGAAGCGAAACUUGCUGCCGAAAAAAGUAUGCGCGAUGCGAUGUUAUUGAUACAACGUCAUGAGAGAGCCAGAAAGGGACGCAGCUACGGGGCAGACGUGAAGCGUAUGUUCGAUUACAACAGAAAAGUAAAAUUUGGAGAGAUAACACCGAAGAAAAUAGAUCGCACCAAGUACAUUAAAUCAAUAAUAACGAUACAACGCGCAUGGCGGCUCUAUGCCGCUAAAAAAGCUAUAAAAAGACGUAUCGCGCGUCUUGAAGAGAUGUUGGGGAUGAUAAUACCAAGCUGGCAAUGUCGCAAAAUAAUCGCGAAGGAUGAUGACAACUUUCAGCGACGACGUGCUCUGAUGCCCGUGUUCGACGCGCGUACCGCAAAGGCAACCGACGACGAACGUGCGAAACUGUUAAGAAUCAGAGGUCCCGGAAUAAUGGAGGACAUUACCGAUGAACUUCACGAGUGGUUCAUAAUCUGGUACGACGCGGUAGGACAUUACGAUGCAUUUCCGGCGGCAGAUCUUGGUGGCAGUGUGUUGAUCGCGACUGGGCAAACUUUGACGCCACAGGAAUAUUUAAUGGAAAAAUUAGAAAAAGAGAAGCAAGCAGGCAAAAAGGCUGAGGCGCCUACACUUAAAACCGAACCUGUCAAAGGCGAAAAGCCUGAAUGGAAAAUGCCGCAAACGGAUGCUCUGUCCUGCUUAGAAGAAGCAAACAACGAAUUUAUCCGAAAUUGGAGUCUUCGCAACGAAGAAGAUAAUCCGGAGCAAAAGGAAUAUUUAGAUCUGAUCACCCAAAAGCUUUGUUACGAGUUGCAGCUUGAAAUGAGAGAGAUAGUAGACGAGCUUAUGAGAGCCGAACUACAAUUAUUAAAUAAGGCAUUACUGAAAGAUCACGCAGAUGAUGAGAAGAAAUUUACGAUUCCAACAAUGCACAGAGAUUAUAUAAUGAAAGAUAUUGAGAAACUCAAAAUAAAGAAAAAGAAGGAUAUUUUAGAAGAUGAAAACGUUAAGGACUUCCUCAACGAGCUUUUACAGGCUAAAAUUAUUAGGAACUACCCAAUUAUUCUUUUGCGUGAUUGGUAUGGCGAUCUCUCUUAUCAAAAUUAUGAAGCACGUCAGGAGCUUCGGGAUUAUAGGCAUCGACUUGGAGAAGUAAAGCAGCUCGUCUUAGAGUAUUGCGUGUUACCUUUAAUUUCCAAGGAGACACAUCAAAUCGCACCACUCGUGCGUUCUGUGUGCAUCUGGGGAUUACCGGGAACCGGAAAGACUUCUCUCGCUAAUGCUAUUUGCACAGAAGUUGGUGCAUUACUCUUCGAUGUGUCGGCGCCUGUUUUGGUUGAUAAAUAUAUAGGCAAAGAAGAACAGCAAAGGCUUAUCGACAUGAUUUCUAAAGUAGCCCGUGUCUAUGCACCUUCUAUUAUUUAUCUCGACGCUGGCGAGAAACCUUGGCUGAGAAAAGUUCCGCCAGAGGAAAUGUAUCUUCAACCCAAACGAUUCGCGAAGUACUUUGUUACACUAGUCAAAAAAAUCCAACCGGGCGACCAGAUACUAUUUCUCUCGCUGUCCGAAGCACCGCAAAAGGCGACGGCCGCUUUUAUCGGGUUCCAUGAUAAAUUUAUAAUGGUGCCUCCCCCCGACUACAAUACGUUAUACAUGUACUACAAGAAUCUAUUGAUGAAAUAUCACGGUGUCGAUCGCAAUAUCGAUGUGUCCUGUCUGGCCAAAAUGUCCAUCGGGAUUCCUAUGAAUUUUAUCCGGCAGGCUGUGGAAAAAGUGCUGUCGCUGCGCCGAAGAAUCACUCUUAAAUCCAACCCAUUAAAUCCGAUGGAGAUUAUGAAUGAAAUAUUGAAGUAUCAACAUCCUACGAAGGAGAUGGUAAAGACUCUCGAGAAAUUUGAAAAACGGUUGGCCAGAAGAGCCAAAGCUUUGGAGGAGGCUGAUUAAACGCAAAAAACUAAUGCGUUUUAUACGCAAUAUACUUUUCUUGAAAUAAAUGUACGCGUAUCACCUUCAGAUUAUUCGAUCCCACGAUCAAAGUCCAUUACUAAUGCUCAAUUGAGAACGGCAAGCGUUUUUCACGAACCGAAUGGAAAGUCGUACGAUUCCAUGAAAGAUGAUCGUUUGCACGAUAUACUGUCCAAGGGGCUCGUGUGCUUGCACAAAAAGCUGUAUCCUCUGAACCGGCUGUAUUGGAACUAGUUGACUGACCCUUGUGUCUUGUAAUUUAUAUAUUUGCUCGGUGAUACAUGGUUACAUUACAGUACAAAAUUACGAAGUUUGAUCUAGAAAUUGUACAUAAAAGUAUAGGAAAUCAGAUAAUUAAUGUGAACUUAAUGUAAACUUUUAAUAAAUUUGCAAAAAAAUACCGUAAUAAUA